UGUUGUUGAAAAUCAGUGCCAUCGUUUUGCUGAUAAGUUAACGUUGCCGUAUUUAUUAUUCGUCCGCGACAUGUUUAGCUAUAAAUUAAAGACUAUUAUGAAAUUUAAAUUUAUAGUAAAAUUCUUAUUUCUGUUGUGUUUGUUUACGACCGUUAUUCUUUAUUUUUCUGAAAGGAAAAUGGUCUAUUUGACGAGUGUUGCCUCGACGACUACAUCAACGAGUGAAUUUGGUGAUAAUCAGGAAAAUUUUGAAGCGUCUGAAUCAUCCAUGUAUUCGGUGAUUAUACUCGUUCAAGUGCACGACAGGAUUCAAUAUUUGCGUGAACUUAUAUACAGUUUAUCGAAAGUGUCUGGGAUAUCGUCGGCCCUUCUGGUUUUUUCGCACGACCUAAUAGACGAAGAAAUAAACAAUCUAAUCCGUAACGUAACAUUUUGUGAUGUUUUACAGAUAUAUUUCCCCUACUCGAUUCAGAAUUUUCCCGACCAAUUUCCCGGGGACGAUCCCAACGAUUGUCCUCGAAAUAUAGAAAAAACCGAGGCAAUUGAAAAGAAUUGCACCAGCGCUCAAUUUCCCGAUAAAUUCAAUCACUAUCGGGAAUCAAGGCUAUGUCAGAUAAAACACCAUUGGUGGUGGAAAGCCAAUUAUGUGAUUGAUUCGUUGGAAGUGACCCGAAAUCAUACGGGGUUGUUUCUAUUUUUGGAAGAAGACUUCUAUGUCUUACCAGAUCUUAUUUACGUUAUGAAAAAAAUGGACGGCGCCUGUAGAAAUCAUAAAGAUUGUGGCGGAUUGGUUAUGGGAUACAGGGAGCAAGCUAGGUGCCCUGCCAAUGAACUUCGGACGGUGCUUCAAAGGAGAAUGGGUACCAUAGGGUUCGCCAUUUACAGAAAGACGUGGGAGUUGUUCAAAAAUUGUUCCGAAAAUUUUUGCACUUUUGACGAGUACAACUGGGACCUUAGUAUUUUCCAUGUUAUGAAAACGUGCUUAAAGGAUCAAGUGACUUUACUGUUUUCGGCCUGUUCGCCGAGGGUAUUGCAUUUGGGCGUUUGCGGAGUUCAUAAGAAAACAAAAAACUGCGAAAACUCUUUUAAUGUUUUGAAAAAGUUUUACAGGGAAAUGGUGUACAAUCAUAACCCUGAGAAAAUAAGUGUAACAGAGCUUGUCGGUUUAGUGAGAAUACCAGGCGGUAAUGGCGGCUGGGCCGACCCUAGAGAUCACGAACUAUGCAUGUCAAUGGUCAACAAGGACAUGGGAUAAAUCGAAGGAAAACUUACAAUUGGAUUAUGGUCUGAAUUUGGCUUAGAAUUCUUUAGUUUGUGUUAAACUGAUAAUAGUAAACAUGUCUUUAGAUGAUUGAAGAGUUGAAAAAGUUAAUAAUAUUUAUUAUACUUACUUAAGAAAUGUUUAUUAACAUUAUAACAUAGGUAUAUAUUCUUAUUGUAGACAAUCUUUUACCUGUUUAUUUAAACAUUAUUUGCCUAAAGGGAAUAAAUAGCAAUUAAAUGAU